AAAACAGACAUAUUGACUGUAGGGAAAGCACAGGUGUGUCAGGUAUGCUAGGAAAGCGCGGUUUUUAAUAGGACAAAUUUACGUACAAAAGUGCCUUAUAUAUCUAUAGAGUCCUUGUUGUCAGACAGAAUCGGAGUAAAUUAUUGUCCAUAUCUUAUAAAAGACUGGACAAAAUGACCCAACUGAACGGUCAAGUGUCAUUCCUGAAUCACCUGCAGAACAGCUCCUGGCGUGCAAAGCAGCUGGAUUUGAGGGAUAGAAAGGAACCGGAUCUGGACACCGGGAAGAACUCAAAGUAUCAACUGGAACGGAUUUAAAAAACACGGAGGAAUAAAUGACUUGACGGAAGAUGAGAGAAGGGCGUUUAUACAUUGUAUCUAUCCACCGCUGGAUGGGGGACAAUUUAUAUUGAUUAUAUAUGUCAGAUGUCGGAUGAUCUUCCUGGAUGCCAUAGCGGUGGAUUUAUGCAACAGAAAUCUUCCUUCCUCCUUGCACCUUCAGAGGAUUGACGGCUUGGCCUGACAUCAUUGGCUGCUCUCUGGGAAUGAAUCAUCGCCUUUAUUAUAAGGGGGGGUCAGCAGGGAUGCUGUCACUGCUGCAUCCUUAAAAAUACCACAGACAAACGUACACAAACAACCCAGCCAGCAUCUUUGAGGUUGCAGAGCCGCUUGUUUCUUUCGGAGCCAGCAUCAGCAUGGAGGAAAUCCUGCGAAAGCUGCAGAAAGACGCGUCCGGACACAAACACAAAGCGAUCCGCGACGCCUGCGUCUACGCCCGGGAAACUCUGGAGUCUCAGAAUGGAUCAGCCAAGAUUUCCCCUUCACAACUUCGAGAGCGCUGUCUGCUGCCUCUACAGAUGGCUCUGGAGGCUAAAAACACCAAACUGGGACAGGCGGCGCUGACUGGAAUGCAGAAGCUCCUGUGUGAGGACAGGUUUGUGGGUGGAGUCGGCGUGGAGGUGGAGAUGGAGGUCCUGGAGAAACAGCUGCUCAGCCAGAUGUUGGAGGCCAUCAGAGUCACCCCAUCCCUCCAUGAAGACCUGCAGGUGGAGGUCAUGAAGGUCCUGCUGUGUAUCACCUACUCACCAAACUUUGACAUUAAUGGAGACUCCAUCCUCCGGAUCGCUGAGGUGUGCAUCGAGACCUACGUGUCCAGCUGUCACCAACGCAGCAUCAACACGGCGGUGCGAGCCACUCUGAGCCAGAUACUGGGAGACCUGACGCUGCAGCUGCGACACAGACAAGAGGGUGCAGAUGGAGACGAGGUGACUGCGCCGCCACUGCACAGAAGAGAUAUUUCUCCUACCAGCCAGGCUCUGUGUGAAGAUGUGGUGACGGUUCUGACAGUUUUCUGUGAAAAACUGGAGUCAGUGGACAGUGAUAACCAGCUCCUGCAGCUCCUCUACCUGGAAUGCGUCCUCUCCAUGCUCAGCAGCUGUCCUCCCACAAUGCACCUGUCCAGAGGUUUCACCGACCUUGUAUGGAAGCAGCUGUGUCCGUCCCUCGUGGCGAUCAUGGGAAAUCCUGUCAACGACAAAACAAUCGCUUCCCACCACGGCUACUCGGGGGCGCCAGACCGUCUCUCAGACCGACUCAGUCUAGGAAUCAGCCAGGAGGUGGACUCUUCCGGGGUAUCCGAUCAAGGCAGAGGGUCCGGCUGUUCCUCCAGCGCCCCCGCCAGGAUCGCACCGGUAGUGCGGACCGUGUGCUACAUCGCGGCGGAGCUGGUGCGCCUGGUGAGCUGCGUGGAGUCGAUGAAGCCGGUGCUGCAGUCGCUCUACCACAGGAUCCUGCUGUACCCGCCUCCUCAGCACCGCACCGAGGCCAUCCGCAUCAUGAAGGAGAUUCUGGGCAGUCCCCAGCGGCUGUACGACCUGGCCGGUCCGUGCGUGGCGGAGCCUGAAACCAGGAAGCGCUCCUUCUCAAAGAGGAAGUCCCACCUGGACCUGCUAAAACUAGUGAUGGACGGGAUGACCGAGGCCUGUAUGAAGGGAGGCAUCGAGGCGUGUUACUCUUCGGUCUCCUGUGCCUGCGCUCUCCUCGGGGCGCUGGACGAACUGUCGCAGGGCCGCGGCAUCCAGUCUGAGCAGGCUCGGCUCCUCCUCAGACGACUGGACGAUCUGAAAGACGGGACAGAGUCGACGCGUGAGUCCAUGGAGAUCAACGAGGCCGAUUUCAGGUGGCAGAGACACAUCCUGUCCUCUGAGCAGGCUCCCUGGGACCCCAGCUCUUCCUCCUCCAACGUGGCCAUCGCCGGGCCCACCGAGCGCAGCCCUGACAUCAGCAUCAGCAUCACCACGGAAACGGGCCAAACCACCGUGGAUCUGGAGGUGGGGGAGCCAGGGAGACUCGGGGAGACUCCUGAAGAGUGUGGGGAGGAGGCACGGAUCCCCUCGCCUUCAUCCUGUGGCGGCCAGGAGGAGACCAAAGGUGAGCCGAGCCUGGAGGCGAACCAGGGGAGCCAGUGGGAGGAGGGAGGAGGUGCGAGGGAGGUCGAGGGAAGAGGAGAGAAAGAAAGAGGAGGCGGAGGCGGAGGCGGAGGUGGUGGAGGAGAGCGGGGAGCUGUGGUUCCUCCAGAUGUGGUGCAGCGAAGUCACGGCCUCGUCUACCCCGACAUCACCAACUUCCUGUCUGUGGAGUCCAGGGCCAGAACGCACCACCAAGGAGGGUCACGAUACAGCGAGAGCAACUUCAGUAUGGAGGAGCAGGACUUGUCGCGGACAGAGUUUGACUCAUGUGACCAGUACUCCAUGGCUGCCGAGAAAGACUCGGGCCGCUCCGACGUGUCCGACAUCGGCUCUGACAACGUCUCGCUGGCUGACGAGGAGCAGCAGACCCCCCGGGACUGCCCGGGCCACCGCUCCCUCCGCACCGCCGCCCUGUCCCUCAAACUGCUCCGCAACCAGGAGGCCGACCAGCAGAGCGCCAGGCUGUUCGUCCAGUCGCUCGCAGCGCUGCUGCCCCGGCUGCUGGGGUUGGCCACCGCCACUGACGUGGACAUGUCGCUGCAGAACUUCUCCUCCUCCUUCUGCUCCGGACUGCAGGCUGGUGGGAUCCACUCUCCAGGCUUCGAGUCAGGUGACACUCUGAGCUGUCAGUCUCUGAUGAACGCAGACGGCCUCUACCUGGUGUCGUACUACGCCCUUCUGCUCAACCUCAAACUCUGCUGCUGCGACUACUACAGACGGCGAGCGCUCGUGCCCAUCCUCAGCCUGAAGGAGUUUGUGCGUCUGAUCCAGAGCAGCGGAGUCCUCGUGGUUCUCUCUCAGGCCUGGAUCGAGGAGCUCUUCCACCAGGUUUUAGAGCGCAACCUGCUCGGCGAGGCCGGGUACUGGGGCUCACCAGAGGACCACACGCUGCCGCUCAUCACCAUGCUGACAGAUAUUGACGGUCUGGGCAGCAGUGCGAUUGGAGGUCAGCUGAUCCGGAGGGCGUCCAACAAAUCACCACUCAGCUGUGACAAGGCUGGCAGUGACACUGUGAUGGCAGGCGCUGUGUUCUCCCGCUUCAUCCUCACCGGCGUGUGGAAGAACCUGAUCGACGUGCUGUCCACGCCGCUGACGGGCCGCAUGGCGGGCAGCUCCAAGGGCCUCGCGUUCAUCCUGGGAGCAGAGGGAGUCAAAGAGCAGAGCCAGAGGGAGAGAGACACCAUCUGUCUGAGUUUAGACGGCCUACGCAAAGCCGCUGCGCUCAGCUGCGCCCUGGGUGUGGCUGCCAACUGUGCCUCAGCUUUAGCCCAGAUGGCUGCAGCCUCAUGUGUGCAGGAAGAGAAGGAGGAGAAGGAGGUGGGAGAGAUGGGCGACGCCAUCACACAAGUGAAGCAGCGCGUUGAACAGCGUCUGGAGCAGAUCGGUCGUCCUCAGGGAGUUCGCCUGCAUACGGCUCAUGUGUUGUGUAUGGACGCCAUCCUGAACGUGGGACUGGAGAUGGGCAGCCACAACCACGACUGCUGGCCUCAUGUCUUCAGGGUGACCGAAUACAUCAGCUCAUUGGAGCACACCCACUUCAGCGACGGAUCCUUGCAGCCGUCCUCUCUGACCACCAUCACCCAGCAGAGCCAGCAGAGCGUCGGCGUGGACCUGGGGAUGGAGUUGAGCUGCGAGCCCAGCCCGGAGGCCUCGGAGCUGGGCCUGAGCCAGCCGGUCAUCCAGCCUCUGUCCAUCCAGGAGCUGCUGAGGGAGAGCAGCCGAGGCCGAGGUCUGGACCUGAGGGGCGGCAGCCUGAUGACUGGGACCAGCGCUGCCAAGGCUGUGUGUACGCUGUCAACACAGGCUGACAGGUUGUUUGAAGAGGCAGCUACCAAGCUGAACCUGGUUGGUCUGGUCGGCUUCUUGCAGCAGCUCAGGAAAGCUUCUCAGUCUCAGCUGUUCGACUCUGUUACUGAGACUGGAGACUAUUCACUGGCGAUGCCAGGAGAAGCAAAGUCGACGAUGGACCGACGCAGCGCUCUCCAUCUCUUCCGUCUGGGCGAGGGCAUGCUGAGGAUCGUCAGGAACAAGAACCGACCUCUGCUCCACAUGAUGAGGGCCUGGAGCGUGGUGGCCCCUCAUCUGGUGGAGGCGGCGUGUCACAAAGAGCGCCACGUGUCCCAGAAGGCCGUUUCCUUCAUCCAUGACGUCCUGACGGAGGUGCUGACGAGCUGGGCGGAGCUUCCACACUUCCACUUCAACGAGGCGCUGUUCAGACCCUUCGAGCACAUCAUGCAGCUGGAGCUGUGUGAUGAGGACGUACAGGACCAGGUGAUAACAUCGAUAGGCGAGCUGGUGGAGAUGUGUUCUCCUCAGAUCCUGUCAGGAUGGAGGCCUCUGUUCAGUGCCCUGAGGACCGUCCACAGCAGCAAGACCGACACCAAAGACUACCUGGUGGGAGAAUACUCCAUGGGGAAGUCCCAGGCUCCGGUGUUCGAUGUUUUUGAGGCUUUCAUCAACACUGACAACAUCCAAGUUUUUGCCAAUGCUGCCACUGACUACAUCAUGUGCCUCAUGAAGUUCGUGAAAGGCUUAGGAGAGGUGGACUAUAGGGAGAUUGGAGACUGUGUCCAUGCGUCUGGUUUCAGCUCCACUGACCUCUGCCUGCCUGCCCUCGACUACCUCCGCAAAUGUUCACAGCUGCUGGCAAAGAUCUACAAGAUGCAGUCCAAGCCGGUGUUCCUGGGGGCGCGGCUCGCCAGCCUGCCAAUGAGAUCACAGGAACGCUCCAUCAGCACCGAGGACGGGAUGGACUGUGUCCUGCAGGAGUUUGAUGAUGACACAGGUCUGAUCCAGGUGUGGAUUUUGUUACUGGAGCAGCUCACAGCAGCGGUGUCAAACUGUCCUCGCCAACACCAACCUCCAACCCUGGAGCUGCUCUUCAAUCUGCUCAGAGAGGUCAUCAAUGUGCCAGGUCCGGGGUUCGCCAUCUUCUCCGUCAUCCAGCUGCUGCUUCCUGUGAUGGCCCUGUGGCUGCAGCGUAGCCACGGCGACCACUCCUACUGGGACGUGGCGGCUGCGAACUUCAAACACGCCAUCGGCCUGUGCUGCGAGCUGGUGGUGGAGCACGUCAACAGCUUCAUCCACUCAGAUGUCGGUUACGAGUCUCUGAUCAACCUGAUGUUGAAGGAUCUGUUCAAGCUUCUUGUGGCUUGUGUGUCGGAGCCUGCAGAGACCAUCUCCAGAGUGGGCUGCUCCUGCAUCAGGUAUAUUCUGGUCACAGUGGGUCCAGUGUUCACAGAGGAGAUGUGGAGGUUGGCCUGCUGCGCUCUGCAGGACGCUUUCUCUGCUACGCUAGAGCCUGUCAAGAACCUUCUGGCAUGUUUUCACAGCGGCUCAGACAGUUUUUCUGGAGACGCCUGCGAGGUGAAGGUGGCGGCUCCGUCCCACUCUCCGUCAGCUGAGGCCGAGUACUGGAGGAUCAAAGCGAUGGCUCAGCAGGUCUUCAUGUUAGACACCCAGUGCUCUCCAAAGACGCCCAACAACAAGGAGGGCUUUGAGCACGCUCAGUCCUGCGUUCUCAUCAUCGAGCUGCCGACUGACCAGCAGUCCAACGGACACACUCAGAAGAGGAAAAUUGGGAUCCCGUUCCGGACCAUCGUGGUGAGCCUGUUGUCCCACCAGGUCCUGCUCCAGAACCUCUACGACAUCCUGCUGGAGGAGUUCGUCAAGCAGCCUGAAGGAAACGAAAGAGUCACGCCUGUGACCUCUGACCCCAGCCGGGCCUCAGCAGGCUUCCUGCGCUACAUCUCCAUGACGAAUUUAGCCAUAAUCCUGGAUCUGCUGCUGGACUCUUACAGGACAGCGCGGGACUUUGACACCCGGCCGGGUCUGAAGUACCUGCUGAUGAAGGUGUCGGGUGUUUGUGGAGCGGCUAAUCUUUACCGCCAGUCUGCCAUGAGCUUCAACCUGUACUUCCAGGCGCUGCUGUGUGCCACGCUGAGCCAAGCCGAGAGCAUGACCGCACAGCAGGUGAAGAGGAUGCUGUAUGAGGAAGAGGAGGGGAGCUCUGACUCUUCUCACCCCGGCUCUGCUUCCUCAGAGGACGAAGACAUCUUUGAGGAAACGGCACAGGUCAGCCCCCCUCGCGGUCGGGACAAACGUCACCACUGGCGAGCCCCGAUCCCGUCCCUCAGCGUGCAGCCGCUGAGCAGCGCAGACUGGGCGUGGCUGGUCAAACGCCUCUACAAGCUGUGCAUGGAUCUUUGCAACAGCUACAUCCAGAUGCACUGCGACCUGGAGAGCACGCUGGAGGAGGUGGCGCUGCUGAGAGGUGGCGGAGGAGGUGGAGGAGGAGAUCACGUCUUCUUCCUGCCUCUCUUCCAGUCCGAGACGUCCACCCCGACAUCAGCAGGCGGGCUGUCGGCGAGAGGGACGCCGUCAGAGGAAGGCGGGAACAGGUCUCAGGCAGCGGACAGUGCAGCGUCGCCAGGGGACACGCUCACACCCAGUCCAGGAGUCAGCUGCACAGGCAGUCUGCCCCCCCACUUCCGGACGGGCGGCGAGAGGAGGGACUCCGGCAUCACAGGCAGCUCUGUAGGAGGAGCUCCUGGCAGCGCCGGACCGGGAAGGAGAAAGGAAUGGUGGGAAAGCGCCGGGAACAAACUGUACACCAUCGCCACGGACAAAACCAUCAGCAAGCUGAUGAUGGAGUACAAACGCAGGAAACAGCAGCAGCAGCAGCCGCAGCAGAGCCACGUCAACCUGUUCAUGAAGGAGCAGGGCCGGGCGGGAGGAGGAGGAGGAGGAGGAGGAGGAGGCGGGGAGAGGAGGGGCCCCGUGGAGCCACAAAGGCCCCCGCAGAGGCCCCAGCAUCUGGUGGACCAGCAGGGUCCCCCCUUAAGGCAUUCAGUCAGUGCAGGACCUGAGGUUCUGAGACAGGAGAAGAGACCACGGUCCGGAUCCACCAUCAGCUCCCACAGCAUCUCACUGAGGGACUCCGAGGCUCAGAUACAGGCGUGGACCAACAUGGUCUUGACUCUCCUCAAUCAGGUCCUCCUCCUGUCAGAUUCCUCGUUCCUGGCGCUCCAGCCGGCGCUCUACCCCUGCCUCAGCCAGCUCACCUGCCACGUGACCGACGCCCGCGUCCGCCAGGCGCUGCGCGAGUGGCUGGGCCGCGUCGGCAGACUCUACGAAAUCAUCGUGUGACAUUGCAGCGAAGGAAUGCAAAAGCAGCGGACGAAGAGCGCAGUCUGUCGGUCAGUGAAGGACGUAAACAGAUGAGAGGUGAAUUAAGUUGGUUUGAUGCCGGCGUGUGACGGCACCGCUGUGCGGUAGAUUGACGAAGGGGUUUGAUUGGCUGAUGAUGCGAUGCAAAGGCGGACUGUGACGUCACAAUGUAACAGACUGGUGGAACGAGCUGGACUGAGUCUCUCUCUGGUUGGUAGUCGCUGAUGUUAUCAUACAGAUUUUCUGGCGCUCGUAGACUGUUUAUAAAGAUGGACGACAAGACCCCCAAAAGUGAAGCCAAAACAUCUGGAUCGCCCCCUGGUGGCUGGCUGCAGUAUAGGUCAUAAAUCCAUAACUAAAAUGUCAAAGUACACUUCAAAUACAUUUUUCCCAAAGAUGCUUUAUGUCAUUUUAGGUAGUUCUCAUCACGCUGAUGUGUGUUCAAGUGUUCAUUUUUCUGAUAAGUUUGGUUUUAAUUAGUUAUUUGAUGCUUUAAAAAGGGGAUGAGACGUCACGUGUCAGCAGACACGAUGAUGUUUCUGAAACACAAAUCUGUGUAAAAUCUUUUUUUAUAUUUAUGUUUUUAAUUUUUAUUAUUAUUAUAUAAAACUAUUACUAUGCAGACUGGCUCCAAAUGACGUCAAAAUCUCAAGAUGGCAGCUCCUGUAUCCGGGAUAUUUUGGCUUCACUUUUGUACAGUGGGGGGACGUGGAGACACGUCGUCCAUCUUUAUAGUCUACAGUGGCACUUUUGAAGAACAGGGAGGAACAUUAUGCGACAUUAAUUUGGAGGUUUCGAUCGGCCAGUGAAAGGAUUUAGUUUGUUUAUGAAGGAUUCUUUGUGGAAAUGCUUUUGAAAAGUGAAUGUGCCAGUUCUGCCUCUUGUUCUUCAGUUGAAGUUCACACACACACACACACACACACACACACACACACACACGCUGUGUCAAAGCUUUUAAAUAUGAUUUUAUCGUUAACAGUUAUGAAAAACUGAUUUUCAGAAUUGCUCAUAAUUUUCGUCACAUUAUGCUUCCUCUAAGGUGAUAAAUAAUUACUUUGAAUUAUUGCUUCAUUCAUCCUAACGUGGAUGCAGACAUAAAUGUGCACAUAUGCAAUGAAUUAUGA